CAGGUACACAUAAAUGCGUAGCUAUACAUUUCUCCUUCUGUAAAUUGUUUUCUACUAAUACUUAGGUGAAACCAACUUCCCAGCAGAUCCUUUAGUAUAAGUAGCCAACCCCAUUUUUAAAAUUUGUUACUGCCUUUUUUCUUUUUGUCAGUUUAAUAUUUUUUGAAGUAGUAUAUUAUAUAUUAAAACUGGUCUUACUCAAUUUUACCACCUUUUCUUUCUCCAUUGCUUGCCUUGUAAUUCAAAAAUCAGCUUUGGGAUGAAAUCUGGUCAGAUCUUGCUUUGUUGGUUGUGGAUUUUGGAAGUACUUAUUUCAUUGCAAAGCCAAAUCUCCCCAACUCUAAACUCCUCUUCUUCCUCCUCAUCAUCAUAACACAAAGACCAACAAAGAAUCAUAACCCCAACAAGAAAUUAAGUUAAAAACCCAAACUCUAUUCUCCUCAAAAUUACUCUCUGUACGUUGUUUUACUCAAAUAAUUAAUUUGCAGCAAUGGGAAUGGCAGCUGCAGAGGCACAGUUUCAUGUUUUAGCUGUUGAUGAUAGCUCAAUAGAUAGAAAGCUCAUUGAGAGGCUCUUUAGAACCUCUGCUUGCCAAGUCACUACUGUGGAUUCUGGAAGUAAAGCUUUAGAAUUUUUGGGGUUACACCCAAAUCCCCCUUGUGUUUCUCCUCCUAACCAUCAGGAAGUGGAAGUAAAUCUUAUUAUCACAGACUACUGUAUGCCUGGGAUGACAGGCUAUGAUUUGCUCAAAAAAAUUAAGGAAUCUUCAUCUUUGAGAAACAUUCCAGUAGUCAUUAUGUCAUCUGAGAAUGUUCCUUCAAGAAUCAGUAGAUGCUUAGAAGAAGGGGCAGAAGAAUUUUUCUUGAAACCAGUCAGACUAGCAGAUGUCAAUAAGCUUAAACCCCAUAUGAUGAAAACCAAAUGCAAAAGCUUUCAUGAACCUGACAAAAUUGUCACAAAGGAAAAUCAAGAAUCAACAGAAAUAGAAAAUGUUUCAUCAGAACAAUCAGAGCCACAGCCAAAAACAGAAACAGAUACAGAACAAAUACUGGAAAUUCAACAACCUCAAGGCAAUAGUAAUAAGAGGAAGUCCAUGGACGAAGGUCUAUCACCAAAGAGAACAAGGCCUAGAUACAGUAGCCUAACUGCAGUCUAAUCUUAUCACGCAAAUAUUUCUUUUUGGCUUUUUGAAUCAGAUAACUUUGUUUUUCUCUUUAUAACAUGUUUUUUGUUACAUAAUUUGGAUCAUACUUAGAUUUAAGAGAAAUGUAGGAGGAGAAAUGGAGAGAGGGAAACAGAGGUGAGAUUGUUUCAUCUUAGUAAGAUGAAAUUCACACUUCAAAAAAAGAAGCAUUCAGCCAAUUUUGUUUGCUAAUGUGAGAAUCAUUGUAGAUAGAACUGUAUUGACAUUUUCUUUUUGUAAAUGGACAAGCAUUAAUACAAAGGUGGUGUCUUUUUUUAUUUCUCUUUUGUUUUAUACUUAGUUCUUUUUUUUAAGCCAUCACCACAGGUUACAUGCACAUAUAGUGUUGGAGGUUUGGCUUGACCCCUACCUCAUAUAUUAGAAUCCAAAAGCUGAAAACAUGAAGGAGGGGGAUAUAGGCCUUACUUCCUCAAAAUACUUACUGCGACUACUCAAUACUUUACAUCUCUGAAGCUCCCAAAACUUGGAAUUGGUUAGUGUAAGUAUACAUGUCACACCUACAAAUUAUACAACCUAUCACAGCUAUCCUGAGAAGGUGAUCCAAGAGAGAAUAGAAACUUCUAAUGGAGAAUUUAUCCUUGUCAUUAAAGGUUCUAUCUCUUAUAAGUAAGGCAUCAAAAAGUUGGGGAGAUAAGUAACUAGUGUUAGGAAAGAAUUCAGUGUACAUCACAAGCAGAAUUAGAGGUGACUUGAGAAGUUCCCUGAGCAAUUCUGCCUGGGUUCACUUCAGUGGCUUGACCAUUUGUCAAUGCUGAGAUCUGUCUGGUAGGGACUUUCUGGAUUGCAUUUGAUGUAACGUUCCUAAGGAGUGUGAUACAUGUUAGGAAUACAAAGCGGAGCCAAAUUGCCUCUUAUUUUUGGACAGAAGGUAAGAUUAAGGAUACUUUUUAUUUUUUGUAAAGUGGAAACCAGUGUUGUACAGAGAUUCAAUGAAUUGCUUCACAGACAGCUUGAAGCAAUACAGAUAUAUCAAACUGGUUCCAGUUCCAUUUCUAAUCGUUCGCAGAUUCGACCAAUGACUAUCAAAGAUUCUUCUAUUGGCCUUUCUUGAGAUUGUUGUUUUGUUGAAUCUGUUUAAUUAUAUGUGAAAUUCGCAAUGGUUUUUACUUAGCUCUUUCCUUUAGAAUUGUCUGAAUAUAACUUGGUUAGAAGAAUUUUUAGAUGGAUAAUCAUGGGAAUGGUCUGAGCCGUCAUGUUGUUUGAAGAUAAACAUUUUUUUGAAUCUGGAAUCCAACCGUACAAUAGUAUAUAUCCAACAUGAAACCAUGAUUAUCUAGAAAGAGCAUCCCAUCAUCAACAUUUAUUAGAAUAUCACUCUACUCCAAGUAAAUAGGUUCCACUAAUGUUUAACUAAGUGCUUUAAGUUUCAAUGUUGAUUGGAAUAUCACUCGUACUCCAGAAUGAGAAAUUAUUUAUUUGGUUGCUUUAAUCCUAAUUCACACUUAAGAUGACAUCUUAUUAUCUCCAUCUAGAUUUCAUAAUCAUCCGAUGAAUUGUUAAACAAGGGAAGUGACAUUAUGGUUAAUAGAUAUUUGUAGUGCCUCAGAACUCAAGCAACAGAACAUUAUGGUUAUUCAGAGAAUUUGCCGUUCCUCUAUGGUACUGAGGGAAAUACCGGUGAAGCUCGUCCUGGAGCUGGGGAUGCAUCUGGUUCAUCUUUCAGCAAUGGAGAAUCAAACUUUCGAGUGCUGAAUGAGAGUGUAUUCGGUGCUGAUUCAAUUUCGUUUGGGUUCUUGGGGCAUAUUCCUCGUAACUUUAGUUAAUCAGAUUUAACAGCAGACAUUUCCAACAGUUCUAGUUUGUUCCUGUCUGAGUUAAUAUUUCAUUUGUGUGCAGAGCUUUAUCUUUCUGAUAUCUUCUCUUUAUAGAUAUUUUGGAGAGCUACUCUGGAUCAGCCUACCUAGCAACAUAUACUGGCAAUUUCCUAGAUCCUAGAUCCUCAUGGAAAAGAUAGUCUCAUUAAUUAAUAGCUUUUGGUCUUCUUUCCCCCAUAUAGAUAUUCAAUAGAACGAUUUUGUUUCGUGAUCCUUGGGCAUACCAUAAAGUGUUAGCUUGAGGGAAAACAUAUAAGGCACAUACCGAUACUAAAUACUAAUAUCUCCUUAACAUUCUGCAGAUAUCAAGAGAUUGGAUACUAUAUCAGAAGGCAAAAAUUACGAUGAUUUUGCCAGCGAUUGAGUAAAUAUGCAUUCAGAUGGUGCAAUUAUUCCAGUACAUUUUUUUUAAUUUUUUUUUUGUAAAUAGGAUUACGAAAGUGGAUUCAACCCUUCUGAAGGUGACCAAGGUUAUAAUCAAUCAACAUGGUCUGGUAUGAAGAGUAGGAAAUACUGUAAAUCUUGGAGGUUGCUGUGACUGCAUUUAUCUUCUGUAAAAUGAGGUCAGUCCUAGAAAUAAAGCAUUAUUAUGAUGUAAAAGUUGUCUAUAGGGCCAUGAUUGUGAAGAUCUGAUGUAAUUUGUACUCGGAAAACCUGAAUUUUGUUUUUCAUGGAAACUAAUCUCUUUGUCCUUUGUAUUUUAAUGUUUUGCAAAUUUUUGGUUACUGACAUUAUAAUUUAUUCGUCCAAGAGUUGAGCUUGGAUGAUA